GUCUUACGAGCGGCUUCAAUGGGAUCAGUUGUGUGGUUUGCGGUAAUAGUAGCGCUAUCGCUACUCCACAGUGUUCCGGUAUCGUCAGACGCAAUCGAUGAUAACAAUGCCCAGUAUCGGUGUGGAGUUCCGAGGCGUUUCGGGGAGCAGCUCAUCCAUCACGCACGGGAUAGCGAGCCGGGUCAAUGGCCCUGGCACGUUGCCCUGUACCAUGGAAAGACGAAAAGCACCCGGGUGUACAAGUGUGGAGGAACUCUGAUCGAUCAAAAACACAUCCUCACGGCGGCCCAUUGCGUGGUUCGACCCGGCAGCGGGAGACCUAUGGCCACGAAUCAAAUCACGGUGCAUCUUGGGAAAUAUAAUCUGAACGACAACGUGAAGCGGGUCCAGAUUAAGGUGGUUGAGAAUAUUCACGUCCAUCCGAAUUUCACCCGGAAUCGGCACGACAUUGCUAUUCUGGAGCUGAUAAAUCCGGCCAAGUUCAGCGACUACGUCAUCCCGAUCUGUCUGAGUGACCCGAUCGGAGUGUCAGAGGAUUUGGCGGGAGAGCGAGGAUGGGUCGCCGGGUGGGGAAUCACUGAAACGGGCAACAUCUCGGAGACGCUCAAAACCACCCAGAUGCCAGUUGUUAACAAUACGGAGUGCGUUAGUAGUGAUUUUCUGCUCUUUGGGCGGUACAUAUCAGCGGCAGUUUUUUGCGCUAGCGAUCGAAAUGGAACCAGUGUAUGUGGGGGCGAUAGUGGAGGUGGAAUGUACUUCAGCUCCGGAGGCAACUACGAAAUCCGGGGGAUAGUUUCUUUUGCUGGGAAAACCGAAAACGGAAGCUGUGACACUAACAAGUACAUCAUUUUUAUGAACGUUGCCUACUAUCAUGGCUGGAUUAGGUCUAUCACGUUUGGGGAGACCAACUGGGUGGACAUUCAUCAACCGAAACGGAUCAGCGAGAGAAAAUGCCUGGAGUAUGCGAAAUUUGCCAAGAAGGAGAAAAACGGAGAAUGUCAGAACGCGAGAAAACCACAUGAGGUUCAAAUUUUUAGCUUGGGCCCAGUUUGUUUUGGAAACAUAAUCAGCGAGCGAUUCGUCAUCAAUGCGAUUGAUCCUUGUAUCAGAGAACGAGGAACGGAUAGAAAACCUGAAGACCUACAGAUUUACCAUGAUAGAAAAUUUCUCACCUUCAAGACAAUUUACCUGCAUCCGGAGUUUGUCAACCAGAAUCGAGGAGUUAAUCUGGCCCUAAUGGAACUAGCGGAACCUUUGGAGCUAGGCGGCCGUCUGAUUCCGGCCUGUUUGGCCAACGCCGAUAGUGAGAAUCUAUAUGACGACCUCAGGAAAGAAUUUCGUGGAAUAAGAAUUUACCACUGGCUGGAUGAUAACAAGAACCACCUGAUGCCACGGGACGAAUGCUUGAAGGCAUACGGGAACGUGACCUCGAACCCGUUGCUUCCGUUCGAAAGCUGUGCUACUCUGGAGGUCCGUGAAACUUAUCAUUCCUGGCAGUUUCCCGGCAUUCCGGUGCAGAAGUUUAAUAGCCGAAGCUGUCAGUUCACCAUUUUGGGGCUCUCGAUGAGGGAGUUUCAUGACGGGGAACUUCUGGUGUUCGUUCGCGUUGCCCCUGUUCUAGAGUGGAUCGAACGGAUUGUGUGGGCGAAGGAAAUUGAGGAAAGCAGAGCGGCUGAAACUACCACUUCACGUAGCAUUCCGCUGGAAACAACAGCAGCACCUUCGAGGACGUCUGUCAUGAGUCUGGUCAGGAAAAGGCGACCGCAAAACUAGGAAUGUUCCCAAUUAUUACUCGUUUAUCAUUUGUUUAAAUUUAUGAAAAAUAAUAAAAGAAUAAGUUAA